CCAGCAGCAUGAUGUAGCGUGCCACGACCAGCAGCAUGAUGUAGCAUGCCACGACCAGCAGCAUGAUGUAGCAUGCAGGGACCAGCAGCACAUAGGUGGAGCCACUGCAUCUCUCGAUGGUAGCGACAUCGACACAGAGCCGCGCGAGUUUCGAUCGUCUGACGACGCGGCGGCGCGCGCGUCUCAGACUGACACCGCCACCAGCGUCGACACGUUCAGUUUCCCCACACUCGGCAGCCAGGCAUCAGAGCUGUGCGGCGGUGGUCCCCUGUCUCAAGACUCUGCGCCCGGGCGAACGGAGGCCUUUGCCGGCGCCACCUCCAACUUUCCCGAGGUCGUUGAUGGGGAUGGCGGCGAGUACGUUCGCGACUGGCCGUUCGGUGCGCCAUCUAUACACGGCGGCGUCUCGCUGCAGCCUGAUCACGCGACGGCGCGUAGCAACUCGCCCGCUCCUGCCAUCAAGAGUCUCGAUCAGAGGCAGGUCAACGUCGUCAUGGCAACAGACGCGGACGAUCCCGGCUCCGUCGAGCAGCCUCACUUACGGUCGCUGCUGAUAAACCAGUUAAACAUGAAGAUUUCUCCGGGCGGCGGCAUGAAGACGGUGAGCCGUCAACACAGCAGCCUCGGAGGGACGUCGGCAAACUAUUGGCACUCACCAGGGGGCGCUGGUAAGGAGAACGAGUUGGCGUGGGAUGCGGGUUCGUUGACGGGCGACACAGUCUGCAGUGACCUGCAACCGGUCAUCUCCACAGACCCCGUCGACAGCGGGUUUUUACCGCUAGGGGGCGCUCUUUUUGGGAGUCAGCGCGGGCUGCCAGCGCCCCCUACGUUUACACUGCAGACCGCGCAGGACGUGCUUGGCGAGGCUGCAGUGUGCGCGUCGCCCCCGGCCCCGGACUGCCCUCUGGUGGGAGACGAUGGCAUGGCGACAAUCGAGGACGCAUUUAGACUACCCCUAGUGCACGAUUUUGAAACGGCUAGUACAAGCCUUCUGAUGGAGGAGAUGGUGUCAUCUAACUCAGCGGCAUGGGAACUGUCCAGGAGACAUAACUUGGGGUGGGCGUAUGAAUCUAUGGAGCGUAGACAGGAGGAGGUGGAGGAAGAGGAGGGGGAGGUUCUUCCCCAUCCCUCUGCGUUGUUUGCACAGGAAGGCAAUAAGGGAGAGGAGGCCAGCCUGCAUCAUGAUGUGAUACUGCAGGCAAACGAGAGGUUGGGAAAGCAUGUCAUCAAGGGUUCAAAAACGGGAACGGUGGCACGCAGACACAGAUACUCCCCGAAUGUUACUGAGCCACGAUCCGCCUCACCUGCCCAGAGGGCCCUCUCUGGUGAGCUCUUCUUCCCAGGAAAAGCAGAGGUUGAUGGACAUGUGACGCCUACUCGACAAGUGAGCAUCCCUGCCGCGUUUGGUUUCUGUGGUGACUACAAAACCGCGUUGUGCAGGGCUCUGAGAGAGCACCUGAAUCUUGGUCUAUUCGACCUGGCCAGGCUCUACCACAGCUGCAUGGCCAACGUCGAUGCAUCCGGUUACUCACACUCACCAGCAGAGGGCAGCAGCGGCAGCAGCAAGAAUCCCGUCUGCGCGCAUGGCUUGCCUUCAAAACUCGUGCAAGUAAAAAAAGAAGGCAGCAAUAAGGGUCGGUUUUUCUAUGCUUGCAGUAACAGCCGGGACACCCAGUGCCAGUAUUUUCAGUGGGCUGGCGAAGCGUCUAGUGCCGGUGGUGCCAUCUCUAGAGUGAGAAUGGAAUCGUCAGGAGAGAUCGAGGUUUACUGUAGGACACAAGGUGUUUCCCUGUACUGCGGCUGUCUCCUAUACCGGAAGUCCUCGAUGGAGAAUCGGAUGACCCGGAAAAGAAAUUUCCAGAACGAGGAUGGAGGAGGAGGAGCAAGCCACGCGCGAUCUCGGCUCUUUCUGCGGCUCACCAGGAAGGAGGCAUCCUCUUCGUACAGCAAGGAUGACCUCUGGAUAGUUGGGAAGACGCUGCACUUCUCCCCCGGGAGUGCCUUCCUUGCCCGGAGUGUCUUCUACGGGCCAACCUCCGGCUGUGAACUCGAGAUUGACCCCAUCAGUGGUUACUCACCCUCAAACUGGUCCAAUAACAUGUCCGUGCAUGUGAUACACUCCAGCAACGCAUCCACCGAGAUGGCGUGCCUGCGGAACAUACAGGACAACGUGUCGCUAGCCACCAUGCCAGUGCUGCCCUCUAUACUUAACAGUGGGGAUGAACUCGCAACCUCAAUGGGUUCCAAGCAGCGGAGAUCCAGCUUCAUACCUCCGUCCAGAACAGCGCCUUCUAGUGGUGCUUCUGGCCUUGACCUUCCCGACUCCGUGAUGCGUGAGGUCGCGCAGAGGUUCAUCGAUAGCUACGGCCUUAAUGACGACCAGGGGGCAGCACUGAUGCAGAUAGUGGGCAUGCUGGGAAGCGAAGCGACCAGCUCUGUGUGUCUUAUUCACGGUGUGUUUGGUGCUGGUAAGAGUUACCUACUGUCCGUGGCCGUCCUGCUACUGAAUGAACUCUUCACGCUCAGCGGCUGUAGCAACUGGAGACUCCUCGUCUCGUCGAUGACCAAUGUCGCUGUAGAUCGUAUCCUGCUAGGGUUGGUUUCACUCGGCUUUGAAGAUUUUGUUCGCGUCGGCAGCCUCCGAAAGAUGGCCAAGCCUCUGCUGCCCUACAGUGUGAUGGCGGCCUCUGGUGGCGAGAAUCAGCAACUACGAGAACUGCAAGAGAUGCUGAAGGGAGACCUCAUUCCUUCGGAGAAGUUGUUGGUGUUGCUUGAUGAAUGUUCGCAGAUGACCGAACCGCUCUCACUACUCCAAUCGCUCCUUUCCGACUGUCGAAAACUGGUCCUCGUUGGCGAGCCUGAGGAUUACAGUCCAGUGAUGCUGAGAACGCAGUACCGCUGCCAUUCCACACAUCAGCGCCACGUAAUGAUCGGGUUUUAUGAUGGGUGCCUACGAGAUGGAGUCACCUACACUGAGAGGGCACCGCUAAUGGAGUGGCUACCGACUCUGUGCUUCUACAAUGUCUCGCAUGGUUCGGAGUGUGCCAGCAGACACGGCAGCUACUACAACAAUGCGGAGGUUGCAUUCAUUAUGGCGUUGAUCGAAUCCCUUCUUGCAAGCGGAACGGAACCGACUGCUAUAGGAGUUAUCACCUUAUACAAGGCCCAGGCAAGCUCAAUCAAUACAGCUUUCCAGCAGUCAAAGGUGCUUGAGGCGUCUGCUAGACGUAGCGUGCAAGUUUCGACAGUCGAUGCAUUCCAGGGAGGCGAGAAAGAUGUGAUCUUGUUGUCGUGCGUUCGAACGAAGAACGUGGGAUUCAUCGACUGCAAAAGACGAACAAACGUCGCUCUUACGAGAGCAAAGCACCACCUGGUUAUCAUCGGCAGUGAUUCCGUUCUGUCUCAGAAUCCACUGUGGAGCAGUGUGCUGCGUCAUUGCAAAGGGUAUCCACGCGGGUUUCAGAGUGCAAGCAUAGCACUCUCUAGCAUCAGGGAGGUAUCGAAGAAAGAAACUUGACAUUGCAACUAUUAGAGGGCACCACUAUCAAAAUAUGCAAUAUGUUGACGAGUCCAUGAGAGUUUGACAGGUGAUCGAACUUUCAAUGUUUUCUGUUCUCAGAUUGUGUUCUAUAUGUAAUUAAAGUCUAUUCAUGUGUUUUAUAUGAAGAAAUAUAUCAUUAUGAUAAUAUUCAUGAACAAAUUUGUACAAAACUCUGUAUUUUCUGAUUUUGUCAUUCAGUACAUAACAAUUUUUUGUGACUUUCUAUAAUUAAAUCUUCACGCUUCAGCCUGAUAGACUGUAGCGUAGCUACGUUAUUUAUUAUGGAAUGUGAAUAAAUACAUAUUCUUCAGUA